GAGCUCACUGAUGGCGCUACACUUCCUUAGUUCCCCAUUCCUCAUUAAAUAGGGGAAAUUGCGUAUCUAAAGAUAGAGAAAGAAAGUGGUAGACCCUUUGUUGAAUUGUGAAUCGAAUCGUCUCUUGCAAGACAUGCGAAAUAUAGUAUGUGUUCCGUGACUGGCCUUUCUCGUGUUGUUGUCGAGCUUCACUUCUUUAUGCAUCUUUCUCCCAUUCUUUUCGUUGGUCAACAACCAACCCAAAUUCUUUCUACUUCAUAACUAGUCCUACAGGAAGGAAUCUCUUUCUUUCCGGGAAUCCUUUUUUUUAGAAAGUCGAAUGAACAAAGAACUUAUUCUACUCAAGACUGUAAAGUCUUUUUGUGAAAUUGCAGUGGGGGAGCAAGAGCUCUAUCUAAAAUACGAAGACACUGGUUCCCCAGAAAAACUAAUAAACCAUCCCUUAUUUGAAUCCGCCAAGGACGUACUGCAUAGUUCUCUUCGAAAGGGCAUAGCUCAAAUUAUGGCCAAAGAAAACUUGGCCCUCCCCGAGAGAAUGACCCAUUCUGACCUAGUGGAUAAAUUAAUUGAUACGCAAGUAAUAGAUCAAACCAUUCUAGAACCUCUUGAUCUUAUGCGGAUAUACAAUCUAUUAGAGAAUAUGAUUAUUUAUGAUGUGAACAUUCAUUCCCUGUUAACCCUAUUAAAUGUCAGUUAGUAAUCGAAAAGCCUCAUUCAGUCUCAUUCAACCAACUCUCUUUUUGAAGCAGAUAGUUCACAGUGCUCAUUCUAUAGAUACUGUAAAAGCCAACUCAUGUUUCCACUCUAUUUUCAUUACGAAGAUGUAUCACGUCAGGAUCUCUUGCUCAAACCGAAUCACGCCAACGUUAUGGAAGUUCCUGGAUCGUGUGAAAUAAGAAUAGUACCAAAGGCAUCCUCGCCCUAUGAUUUCAUAAUAAAAAAUGGAAAAUUGGCUAUGGAGAUUCCGCGCGGUCAGAAAUUCAUACAGACAGAAAGGGGUUCGACAGGAAAGUCGUUUCGAUCCAAUCCAUUCUUGGAGUCAAAUAAAGACAAAGGAUAUGUCAGUGACCUAGCACGACAAAGCACUAUCCGAGGGCAUGGAAUGUCUCAUUUUUCGGUCAGAAUCUCGACAGUAAUGUCUCUGUUAGAUUCUCGGGUCGAAAUACGGGAAAACUCCAUUCAAUUCUCGAUGGAAACGGAGUUUUGCGAAUUUUCCCCGGAACUGGAAGAUCAUUUCGAGAUCUUCGAACAUAUUAGAAGGUUCAAUGUGACUAUUGUCACUUCAGCCAACACACAAGAUGAGACUUUACCACCGUGGAGCGGCUUUUUGCAAAAAGAUGAGGGGGAAACUCAGUAAGAUGUCGGAGAAGCGAAAUAUACGAGAUCACAAACGUAGAUUGCUCGCGGCUAAAUAUGAAUUGAGACGAAAGCUUUAUAAAGCCUUGUGUAAAGAUCCCGAUCUUCCUAGUGAUAUGCGGGACAAACAUCGUUAUAAGUUGUCCAAG